CAACAAACGGGCGAGUAUAUCGUAUAUGAGACGAAUGGAGAAGUAAAAAACCUAGCGCCGCCGCAGGGUGGAUCUAGGUGAUGAUAAUUCUCUUCAAUUCGUCCGUGGAAACUACAAGAUUGGGGUUUGAUGAUUGUGAUGUUCUACAAACAAUAACUAAUUACAGCAAUGUCUAGAGAUUGUGUCUUCCUCGUCGGUGUGACCGAACGAGUGAUUCAUUAUUCAUGGUUGGCAAGACAGAUUCAACCUAGUCCUUCUGAAGCUCCAAUUAUUCGCCCUCCUCCAGAACCACUGCCUCACUCGAAGAAAAAGAUAACUCUCAAGUGGAUCUCCUUUUCGGUGGCUGGUCAAACUGAUGAUCCAGGGCUGAAUCAGAGAGCAGUUUCUUCGAGUUACUGGAUCGUGCUGCACACCAAGAAGUCAGAUUUAUCUAAUCCAGGUUUUUUUAAAAAGCUCUGUCCCAUGCACUGACAUCUUACGCAUGCAAGGUUGGAAGCCAAAGUAAAUAAAUGUUGAAAGUAUGAUCAAGCUUGCAUGCGAAGGAGUUCAAAGCCAUGCACACAUGGAAUUAAUAUUGCUUUGUUUAUUCUUUAUUAUUAUGUUUAUUGAAUAAGUCAUGCGUAGAAGUUGGUUAACUUGUUUUUAGCAUUUGAUCAAGUCAUCUAUUAUCCACGUUACUUUCAUAUGGCUAGCCUUAAUUCUAGGAACUAGUUGUUAUACGUGUUUGGUUCAAUUCAUCUUUGUAAAGGCUAUAUAAAGCCUAAUGGUUAUCAAUAAAAAUAUAGAGUAAAUGCCUCUCUUCUUC